GGGAAUUUUAAAUAUGAUAUGUCAUUUUGCAGCAGAAAACAAUGACAGACAAACAUCACAUAUUGGGUAUGGUAGCCAGGUGAACAUAUGAGAUGACCAGAUCGGGCAACCCCACUGCUAAGAAAGACUCUAACUUGAUACAGAAUUACAGUGCAACAGUAGAAUUAUUCUUGUACUCCUUAAUUAUAACCUUCCUGUAUUGUACAUCGAAUUUUCCACCAACUGGUAGUACAUUAAUACAAUAAAGCUACACAUGAGUUGUUCUACCGCUUAAUGCUAAACUAUCUUCGAUACCUGGUUGUAUAUUACUUUUAAUCUGAUGUAUCAUGAUCUGGCUGGGUCUUUUUCACAAGUUUUCUCAUUCAGACAUGAUAUCUGUAAGUUAAUUAGGAGCAAUUCUUGGACAUACACAACUGAGGAAACAAUGUGAUAAAAUCAGCCAGGUAAGAGGGCUGGAGAGUUUGAAUAUGUAGUUUCUUUUAUCUAACAAAACCAUUCGUUCACUUGCAGGUGUAAGUAUUAAUAAUUUCGUCAAAACCUGGAACAGGAAAGAGACAUAAAAUUGAUUUCUACAAGGCAAUUGCUGCUUCAGAUCAGACAGGGACACAAGGAUGGCUGCAAUAUCAAGACGAAUAUAAUCCCUAUCUCAAAAACCUUUCUUAAUUUUUCCACAUGUGCAGGCGCUGCGGGGUGAUUAAACCAACCUUCUGCAAUGUAAAGCUUCAAUGGUUCCAACAGCUAGAAACUAACCGGGUUCGAUGAUGACCAAAAUGAUAACGGUAUCUCCAUUCCAAGUCCGAGUAGCGCAUUAUAAUGAUAUUUCCACCAAAACAUCACCAAGCAGUGCAUGUACCCCACUAUGGCUACCACCCAAGAGGAGUUGUUGGGUGUUGUCGACUCUGCGCCACUGCCUCCGUCCGUAGUCCUCGACCUUCCCCCGAUGACCCACGGUGACUCAAAGCGGCCACAGGAUGACCUGUCCAUGGCAUACAUCUCGCGCAUGCUAAUGGAGGAUGACAUCAUUGACAAGUUCUCCUACCAGUACCCUGAGCACCUGAAGCUGCUGCAGGCCGAGCAACCAUUUGCCCAGAUUCUCUCUGCCGAUGCCACCACCUCAUCCAAUGUUGAGGAGUCAUCGGGAUCUGACGUGCUGGCCUCUGCCUUGCUUCCCAGCAAGGUGCAGGAUUCAGCUGCCUUGUCGAAUAGCACAGGUGCAGCACAGUCCAGCAGUACACUAUUUCCUAGUGAGAGCAGCACCAACAUGGACAUGCUGUCAAGCAUGGCAUUCUAUAAAGGCAUGGAGGAGGCCAACAUGUUCUUGCCCAGAUGUAAUAGGAUGGUGGAUGGUAGAGGGCGUAAGAACAGGUUUGACAUGGAUGGUGAGAUGGAAGGCGGCAUGGGCAGGAGCAGCAAGCAAAUAGUGCUGGUGCAUACUGAUUCGGCAGAGGAGACCACCGCGCUCAAGAAGUUGGACCGACUCGUCCUCUAUGGCUCUGACACGUGUUCCGGUGAGAUGCAGGAGAUACUCAUCAACAAGGAGAAGAUGGCAGCAGAGAAGAGCAUCCGCAGGCGUGGGAGAGGCAGUGCGAGGCAGAUGGUGGUGACUGACCUAGAAACGCUACUGAUCCGCUGUGCAGAAGCAAUGACCAGCAACGACCGACGCAGCGCGAGUGAGCUGCUAGAGCGGAUCAAGCGGUACUCCUCGCCGACGGGGGACGCUAGGCAGCGGCUGGCACAUUACUUCGCCCAGGGACUGGAGGCACGGCUGGUUGGCACAGGGAGCCAACUCUACCGCUCGUGCAUGGGGAGGCGCACCAGUAUUGUAGAGCUCAUUAAGGCGUAUCAUCUGUACAACGCCACCUGCUGCUUUGUCAAGAUGGCAAUGCUCUUUUCCAACAAGACCAUCUACAAUGCCGUUGCAGGGAGGAGGAAACUGCAUAUUGUGCACUAUGGCAUCAACAGCGGAUUGCAGUGGCCGAAAUUGAUCCGGUGGCUGGCGGAAAGGGAGGGUGGGCCACCGGAGAUAAGGAUCACCGGCAUCAACAUGCCUCAGCCAGGGUUCAAUCUGGCAGAGCAAAUCAAGGAAACAGGGCAACGGCUAAGCAAUUAUGCUAGCAAGUUCGGUGUGUCAUUCAAGUUCCAUGCUAUCAUAGCCAAGCUAGAGGCUGUCCAUGCUGAGGACCUGCACAUCGAUCCCGAUGAGGUGCUCAUUGUGAAUAGCUUAUUCCAGUUCAGGAUCUUGAUGGAUGAGAGCCUCAGCUUUGACAACGUAAGCCCAAGGGACAUGGUGCUCAACAAUAUCAGGAAGAUGAAGCCGUCCAUGUUCAUCCAUGGUAUCGCCAAUGGAUCGCACAGCGCUGCAUUCUUCAUGACGCGGUUCCGCCAAGCGUUAUCCCACUUCACGGCGUUGUUCGACAUGAUGGAGACCAUCAUGCAAGGGAACUAUGACAAGAGAUUGCGGGUGGAGCGGGCCAUUUUUGCUUGGUGUGCCAUCAACAUGAUAGCCUGUGAAGGCGUAGACCGGGUGGAGCGCCCUCAGAACUACAGGGAGUGGCAGGUGCGGAAGAACCGGGCAGGGCUGAGGCAGUUGCCAUUGGACUCUGAUACUGUUCUGAUGCUCAAGAACGAAGUGAAGAAUCAGUACCACAAGCAUUUCAUGAUCGACGAGGAUCACCGUUGGGUUCUGCAGGGAUGGAAAGGCCGGGUUCUCUAUGCCCUGUCAACAUGGGCAGCUGAUGAUGCUGGUGGUUCUGAAUUGUCAUAGAUAUAAAUAGAUAGAGUGCCGAUGGAUAUACAUUUGAUCUGGUGCUUGUGUGUAAUGUACGGCAUAGUAUAUAGCUUUUUCAUCAGCUUUGCUACGUGUUUGUCUGCUGCAGAUGUGUUUGCUGUUAUUCUCUUCUGUAUCUUGUCCAUGUUGUCAAGUUUAA